GUCACACAAUGACUUCUUUUUAAAAUCAUUCAUUUUUUUUAUGAUAUUGUGAUUGCAUGUAACUUAUCAACCAGAGCAGCAUUUACUUUACAUCUUAGCCUAGUAACGUUAGUUAUUCAUAUUAUAAUAUGUAGUUUGGUGAUCUAUUAUUUUUUUAUUUGUUCUUCUCUUCCUCUGCAGGUUCAACAGCUCAUUAGCAUGCACCAGGAAGCAGAACCAUCCACCAGUCAGCCUUCCACCCGUAAUCCAUCCACCAGCCAGCCAUCAAACAGCAAGCAAGAUGUUAGGUGGAUUAAGAGGGACAGUGAUGGAAACAUUAUUUACAGCAGGCCCAGAUCAUCCCGGAAACAAGCAGGUCCCAGUCACAGCCAGAGUCGAAAGACUGGUGUCUCUCAUAUCAGGGCUCCGGAAACCAGUGCGGAAAUGACCAGUGACUUUCUUUCCAUUACUGCAGAGUCCUUCCUUCAAGAGCUUAAAAGCUCAUUGUUUGAGGACAUACAUGAGGAUGAAACGGCACUUCAAGCCUCAACAGACUGGUUGACCCGAAAGAGCCUCAUAUCAGGGUGGUGGGAGAAAGAGAGACCCCGACUGGUCAACACCAUGGUGGCUCGACAACAUGUGGCAAAACGGAUCUGCCAACAUUGUGGAAAUGGUCCAGCCGUUAUCCGUUGUUGUGACUGCCGACCACACCCAUUCCUCUGUGGCCAGUGUGAUGUCAGGGUCCACCGAGGUCACGUGUUCCACAACAGGGAUUCGAUUACCCAUGCAUUCUUUAAUCCAUUGCCUCCCACAACUUGUGUUGUGGAGAGGGUUCUAACCCAGUGUGAGCGUCUUGUACCUUUGGAGAUGCCAGAGACAAUAUGCGGUUGUCAACGAGUAUCGUCCAGUGUCAUCGCAGGACAGUCCAUAGUUGUGGUUACAAUGAAUGGGCGAUAUGAUCUCAGAUUGCCUCAGAUUAGAUGCAAAGCAUGUGAAGCCACUUGGAGUCCUGGAGUGGAUGACCUGAUCCGUAAUGACUACUGGCCGGCCACUUCUCACUAUUCAACUGUGUAUGCAACAGAUGUCCUUUUUUCUUUUGAAGAGCUGAAGAUGGCAGCACCAGGGAUAUCUAGCCAAGCAUUUCUUAGAAUGCUGGAUCAACGCACUGUUCGCUUUGGCCGUAAUGGAAACAUCACAGCAGACAGCUUCCGGAAAAGCUUCUUGGAGUGGGAAGCUGUCCGAUUCGAAGUGGACAAAUUAUGCCAGGAGGACCACUUUAACUGCCCAGACAUGCUUGCAGUAUCCGUUGAUGGAAACCGUAAGCACUACAGAUUCAAGAGUGCAGCUAGAUCGGAGGAAAAAGCCAUCUUUGAUGGCGUGUUCAUCGCGAAUGAUGAUGACGUCGCAAGAUUCGUGGACUACGUCCAUACCUCAACCAGUCAUGUCUCUGGAAGAGGUGUCUGUGGAGGGCAAUGGUCAGCGGCUCGUGAAACGUCUCAGAAGUCCUCAGGAAAAACAGAUGAGGAGGGCCUGGAACUUGCUGUAUGUCGUCAUGGGGUUCUCCUUCGUGCCCUCAAUAUGUUCAGGGGCGAAAUCUUUGCCUACCCCCUGUACCUCCAAAAGCAAAUGGCCUGUAAGCCAGUUACAUUUUUUGCAAUGGAUGUGGCAUGCAAGUACUGGCCUUACCUCCAGAGAGUGACAGAGAAAUGCCCUGAGCUUCAGGAUCUCCUCAACAUGAGGCCAUUUCUUUCUGUUUUUCAUGCCAAAGCUCAUGAUUUCAAAUGUGAGGUAAAAUGGAGUGGAGCAUAUCAGGAGGGGGCUGGUUCGACUCUUGGCGAAGAGGUGGAGCAGUGCAACGCCUUCCUCUCGAGGACUGCUGUUACGACAAAGCACAUGUCAAAAGCGGGACGCAUUGACAUGCUGACAAUCAUGGCCAUGCACUGGAACCAACAAAAGUUUGACAACUUGGCUUCUACCCUUGCCCGCCGAUAUCGGAAGGCCACAAUAGCCCUGCAAUGCCAGUUGCAUAACCUGGAGGCCAUGAAAACAGAAAUGGACGUCUCUGACAAUCAACUGGAGAGGUGGAUCAUUGAUAUCAAUGAGUGGGCAGAAGCAACAACAUCCCCAAAUGAUGCUGAUGUUGCCGCUGUUGCCAGCCGAAUUGAGGAGCUGGUGGCAAGUGUUAAGAGGAAGUCCCCUUUACAAGGAUAGUGACGGAUGCAAAGGACGUGCCCAAAUCCGCCGAAAGAUCAGGGAGGAAAAAAAAAAUCUUAAAUUCUGUAGUGGAAAAAUAUAACACCUUGGUUCCUAAUGCAGAAAAACUGACAUUGGACACCAUUCUAUGUGACGAGAUUGUUUGGCCAUGGCAGCUUACCCACGGUGACUCUGUAGAUCUAAGGACAAAGAGGAAGGCGUUCGACAUUGUGAUGGCAGUAAGGAGACUUGAGGAGGAGAAGAGGAUUCUUAUUGCAGAGAUGAACAAGCAUUGGAAGUCUCUUUGCUCCCGUGCAGACACCUUGAAGCAGAUGUCAUCCCAGCUUGCUAAUGUGACAUCAGGUGAAACGUGGGGCCUGCUUCAAGAUGGUAUCCGAGGUCUAAAGAGCUUGACAUUGAAGAACAAGCAAGCAAGCAACAGCCUGGCAAAGCAUGCAAAGACAUUUUAUGUUCAAGUUCUGACUGAAACAGAAAUUAACUUUGAUAGUCAUUCUGAGGAAUACGAUACCAGUAGUGACUCUGAGCAAGAUUAAACAUGGCCAGAGUCCUUUUUUCUGCUGUUGUGUGCUGGGGAGGGCUGCUGGGACAGGUUGGUAAGGAAAGCUGGUUCUGUGUUUGGCAUGGAGCUGGAGUUAAGUAGCAGUCUUCUGUCAUGCUCAACAUUGAGGAGGUCCUUUGUCCCCAGGGCAAACCAGCAACUCAAUUUCAUAGAGAAGAUUAGGGGCAUGAGUCUCACCCUGCGCCAACCAUUACAUCACUUUGUCUAUUGUCUAGUAUCCACUAUC